AUGAUUCAACCUCAGACCCUUUUAAAUGUAGCAGAUAAUAGUGGAGCUCGAAAAUUGAUGUGUAUUCGAGUCAUAGGAACUGCUGGUAAUCAGCGAUAUGCUCGUAUUGGUGAUGUUAUUGUUGCUGUAAUCAAAGACGCAGUGCCCCAAAUGCCUCUAGAAAGAUCCGAAGUAAUUCGAGCUGUAAUUGUACGUACAUGUAAAGAGUUCAAAUGUGAAGACGGUAUAAUAAUCCGCUAUGAUGACAAUGCAGCGGUUAUAAUUGAUCAAAAAGGAAAUCCAAAAGGAACUCGAGUUUUUGGGGCGAUCACCGAGGAAUUGAGAGAAUUGAAUUUUACCAAAAUAGUUUCAUUAGCUCCUGAAGUAUUAUAA